AAAAAUAGACAAGACCUUGGAAGAUUUUCUUUCAUCCUCUAUCUUAGUUCCUUGCUCUAGAGAAGAUCAGAAGAUCAGUUCAGUUGCAAGUUCAGUAAGGGAAAGGAUCAUCUGAGUUCUUCUGUUAGUCAGUUGUGCUGCUUGCAAGUCUUGCUGUCUCACUCUAGUCGUCCUUGUACCCGUGUACUCUUUUGGUUCCUUCAGCUUGUUUGAGAUCAGUUUCAAGACUUAUUUUGAGGUAACCACUAGGCGGGAGACUUACUCUUUUUGACUAGAAGGAACGGCGUAAUCAGCGAUGCCACCGAGACGAGCACGACGUGGUGGAGCUUAUCUACCGAUACAUAUUUCUUCAUCUCCAGACUCUUCACCGCCAUCUACUCCGGCACCACUUCCGACCCCUAGCUUUGAGGCUACACCUUCGGGCUCUAGCCUUGAGUCUGAUCCAUCUGAGGAUUCAAAUGAGGAUAUUCCAGUUCAGAUGCCGAUGCCUAUGUCACCAGAUCCUUACUACACAGAUAUAGAGGUUGAUGCUGUUCAUGAUGCUGCUGACCAUCAUGCUGCCCAUGCUGCUGAUCAUCAUGCUGCUCAUGCUGCUGCCGCAGAAGAUAUUCCACACGUCCAUGCUGAAGCACCACCAGCAGCACAACCUGCGCCUGCGCCAACUGAUCCAGCGAUUGUGGCACUUUUAGAAUUGAUGGCGGAGAUGGUAAACUUACAACAUCAAGCUCUCAAUGCACAGCGUGCGCAGCCAGCUCCGGUACCUACCACUUCACGUCCGGACUUUUUGAAGAUUGUUAUGCUCAUGAAGAACUUGGGUACUAGACACUACCGAGGAGGGACUGAUCCGUUCGAGGCUGAUGCAUGGUUACAGAACCUUGAGGGAAACUUCCGCGCAACUCGCUGUGAGGAUGAGUUCAAGAAAGAUGUGGCUGUGUACUACUUGGAGAAGGAUGCAUUGAGCUGGUGGUUGUGUGUAGACCGCUACCUAGGUAAUGUGACAACUACUUGGUCAGACUUUCGUGAAGCAUUUCAGCGGAAGUAUUUUCCACCAGAGGCUAGGGAUCGUCUUGAGGCUGAAUUCAUGGCGUUGGUACAAGGAGAUAAUUCUGUUAGGAGGUACGAGGCAGAGUUCACUCGCCUCAGGCGCUAUGUUCACUACGGCCAGGAGGAUGAGCCUAUGAUCAUCAGGAAGUUCCUUCGGGGACUUAGUCCAGACGUUAGGAGCCGUCUUGAAGCUGUUGAGUUUGGUAGACUUUCUGACUUGGUGGAGCGAGCAGUGAAUGUGGAGGAAGCUAUCGUCGCUGAGAGGGCAUCGUGGAGUCAUUCUGCAGAAAUACGACGUCAGGCUACACAGAGUCAGCGCCCGUCUCCAUCCAUGAUGCAUCGAGGUCAUAGAGGCAGAGUAGUUCGUGGAGGACGUUCAGGAGGACACCGUCAAAGAACUCAGACUUGUUUUGGUUGUGGCCGUAGCGGCCAUAUAGCUAGAGAUUGUCCGAAUGGAGGACAAUACAGGCCGGCGGUACCACCCAGUGUUACUUGCUUCACAUGUGGAGAGCGAGGACAUUAUGCGACGUCAUGUCCCCGUACUCAUUCUACAUCUUCAGAUGCACCACGAGCCCCACAAGCUGGAGCGUCUCGUCCCCCAUUACCCUUUCCCAUACCUCCAGCGAAGCGUCAGGCCAUUUCUGGUAGGGCCUAUGCCUUAGAGUUACCUGGACCAUCGGAACCGCCGAAGGGUCCUAUCACAGGUUUGUUUUCUUAUCCUAUUAAGUGUUGUGUGAUUUCUUUAGAAAUAAAUUUGAUUGGUGCAUUAGUGUAUAAAAAAAUGCUAUGUAAAUGGUUGAAUUAUUAAUUGACCUUGAAGUCAAUUAUCUAUAGGUACUUUGGUUGUGGGUGGAACUUCCGCCCAUGUCUUGUUCGAUUCGGGAGCAACACAUAGUUU